CGUGGGAAGGGGAAAAUGUUCCAUUUCAAUGGAUUUUACACUUCCAAAAUGGAAAGGCUGUUCUUUGUGGCGUGGCUGGUCUUUUCUUCACUGCAAGUAUCAGCAGCUCCUGCUCUGACCAAGGGUGACACUGAAAUCCUCAGCCUGCAUGUGGACUCCAAAGUUACAUCACGGUUUGCCCGAACAGUCAUCACCAGCAGUGUUGUCAACAGAGCCGAUGCAUCCAGCCAGGUCUUUUUUGAAAUACAAACACCCAAGACAGCCUUCAUCACAAAAUUCAGCAUGACCAUAGAUGCAGAAACAUAUCCUGGAAUAAUCAAAGAGAAGCAAGCUGCACAAGACCAGUAUGAUGCUGCCAUUUCACAAGGACAAAGCGCUGGACUGGUCAAAUCAAGUGGAAGAAACUCAGAGCAGUUUCAGGUUUCAGUUAAUGUUGCAGCCGGUGGUAAUGUGAGUUUUAUGCUGGUCUAUGAGGAGCUGCUAAUACGGAAGCUGGGAAAGUAUGAACUGAUGUUUAAGGUGAAGCCCAAGCAGCUGGUUAAUCAAUUUCAGAUUGAUGUCGAUAUCUUUGAACCCCAAGGCAUAAGUUUCAUUAAAACUGAAAGCACUUUCAUCACCAAUGAACUGAGGAAUGCCCUCGAAGAAAAGGUGGAGGAGACCAAGGCUCACAUUUCAUUUAAACCAACCAUCACACAACAAAGGAGAAGUCCUGAACGGGAAGAAACUCUGCUCGAUGGAGAUUUUAUCAUACAUUAUGAUGUUAAAAGGAGUGCUGCCGGAGAUAUACAGAUUGUUAAUGGAUAUUUCGUACAUUAUUUUGUUCCCAGUAACAUGCCACCAAUUCCCAAAAAUGUUAUCUUUGUGAUCGAUAAAAGUGGAUCUAUGAGUGGCAAGAAAAUGCAGCAGACAAGGGAGGCCAUGAAGAAGAUUUUGGAAGAUCUUAAUCCCGAAGACCAUUUUAACUUCGUUGUCUUUAGCAGAGAUGUUGACAAGUGGCAGCAGCAUUUGUUGAAAGCCACAGAGGAGAAUGUGGAACAGGCCAAACUAUAUGUUGAGACCAUUCGUGCUCAAGGAGCAACAGAUAUCAAUGCUGCUCUUCUGACUGCAAUGAAUUUGCUGGAUGAAGCCACCACUGCUGAGUUAUUGCCAGACAAAAGUGUUUCAAUGAUCAUUUUGCUGACCGAUGGCCAACCCACUUCUGGUGUUACAAAUGUCAAUGAGAUUCAAGCAAACAUAAAGAAGGCUAAUGAAGGGAAAUACUUCCUCUACUGCCUUGGCUUUGGCUAUGAUGUCAGCUACUCAUUUCUGGAGAAGAUGGCCUUAGAGAAUAAGGGAAUCGCUCGCCGUAUCUAUGAAGACUCAGAUGCAGCCCUGCAGCUCCAGGGCUUUUAUCAUGAGGUUGCUACUCCCAUCCUGAAGCAAAUUGAAAUGACAUAUCCUGACAAUGCUGUACUGGAUGUCACUCAGAAUAGUUUCAAUGUGCUCUUUGAUGGCUCUGAAAUUGUAGUAGCUGGAAAACUGGAAAAUGAGAUCAAAGAACUUCCUGUGGAGAUUAAAGCUGAAACACAUUCUAACGACCUGAUCCUUAAAGAAAUUGCAAACGUAACAGAAAAGGAGAACAUAUUUCAGGAUCCGGAAUACAUCUUUGGUGAUUUUAUUGAGAGAUUAUGGGCCUACCUAACGAUUCAACAAGAACUAGAAAAAGCGGUUUCAGCUGAUGCGGAACAGCAGCAAGCCCUGAAUGCCCAUGUGCUGCAGCUCUCUUUGUCGUUUAGCUUUGUGACACCGCUCACUUCCAUGGUGGUCACCAAGCCCGAUGCUGAAGAUGUGGCCAACAAACCUACAGAGGCAGAUAACGAGAACCUCAGGGGAGGCUCUUUUUCGUCUUCACGUUUGGUACAGUCCCAGAGCAGAGACGUACAAUUUUGGAGAACAGACAGAGCUCGGGGGAAAGGACUGCCUGGACCUCCAGGACCUCCAGGACAACCUGCACCAGCAGAAGCUUUUCUGGUAGAUAACCCGAUGGUCCGUUUUGCAGAACCUGCUCUCCCUGAUUUUUCCAUAAGGGGAGUUCUCAAUUCUGGCAGCAGUACUGAAUAUCCACUGCAAAUCUUACACAUACCUGGUGAAGAGGGUUUGAUUUGUCUAAGACUCCACCAGCCACCACAAACUUCCAUAAACCUGCUAUCUGAUCCAGAGAAAGGGAUCCAAGUGAAUGGCAUGUUACGGGGUAACAGUCACUUUCUGGAGUUUGAAGUAACCUAUGCGAUACCUCACGUACACAUAAGAGUGACAAGAAGUGGAAUUGUACUACGUCAUCAGAACUCUGUACAUUCUUUCCCAUGGACAAAGACUGCAUCUUUAACACUUGAAGGACUGGGAAUUAUAGUUGAAAAGGAAAAGAGUCUCUCUCUCUCAGGACCAGAGAACAUCACAAUAAACAUCUACUAUAUGAAGCCCCCGCUUGACUUUCUUGGGCUGUACUUCCAAAAUAGCGAAAACUUUUCUGACAGAGUUACUGGACUUGUUGGUCAGUUUUUCUUUAAUACACAGUCUGGAGGAAGCCUUGCCCAAAACCUUUCAGGGAAGAAAACCUUCCUUGUUCAAGGACAGCCGCACAAUGCCACAAGGGAAACCUCAAGGGAUUACAGGGUGAGAUCACCUGACAACACUGUUACUUGCUGGUCACUGAACCUAACUUCCUGAAGAAAUUGAAAAGCAAUAAAAAUGUUAUUUUAGGGUUUUCCAAAAGCUGACCUAAACAUCUUUGAAAUAAAUAAAAUAAUGCAAAACAUGGA